AUGCCAUCCAUAUAUCAACGGCAAUCAUCAUCAAAUUCUCUACAACUCAUAAAACAGACCAUACCAUCUCGAAGAGUAACAAGUGGAAUAACAAAUCAUCAACAACAAAUUGAUGUUCGACAAAAUCCUGGAUUUUCACUUCGGGGUCGACCAUCAAGUGCAGGAACUAAGAGAGCACCAGCUAUCGUAACAAAUACAUCUAGUCAUGGUUCCAAUGGUAUUCGUGAUUCUCUAGUUCGUCCUAAUGCUUGGACCAUUAGCAGUAACACUUCAAAUGUUGGUCGCAGUAUUAUAAAUGGAAAUUUUACUGGUGAAUUAGAUGUGCCUUGUCAAGAUAAUACUGAAAUAACAAAUCGUGUUGAUCAACUUGAAAAAGAAGUUAAAGGACGGGAUGCAGAGAUUCGUGAAUUAAAUGAUCGACUACGUAGUUUAGAGCCAUUAAACUCUACAUUUACCAAUGAAGUUCAUACAUUGAGAAGCGAAUUAGAAAAGGUUAAACGAGAAAAGCAAGCAGCUACAGGACUUAUUUCAAGUGUUCAACGUGAUCUACAUGCAAAAGAAUCAGAAUUGGCUAAAAUAACUCGAGAAGUCGAAGGAAUGAAAUCUGAUAGUCGUGAUAAAGAUCUUCGAUUGCAAUCAUUGCAAGCUAAACUCAACCUACUUCGCGAUCGUGGUCGUGCUGAAGAAGAUCGAUAUACAAAAGAAAAAGAACUUGUAAAUCUUCGUAAUAAAAUAAAAUUAGCUGAACAACAAAUAAACGAAUUAAAUGAAAGUGUUAAUCGACUUAAAUCUCAACUACAAGAUACUGAAAAACAAUUAUUAAGAUUAAAUCAAAAUGAGCUAAAAUUAAAACAAGAAUGUGAACAUGCACGUGAGCAACUUCUCGAAGUUCAGCGAAAUGAAACUAAACUCAAAGCUGACGUUACCAAUGCAGAAAAAAAAUACAAUCAAUUUUGUAUAAGUAUUUGGAAAUGUUUUUCAAACGAUGAUGAUGAUGAAUAUGAUGAAGAUAACCAUAAUAUUAUGGAACGCAUUCAACAACUUCAACGACAAUUAGAUCAAUCUCAAAGUGAAGUUGAACGUCUACGUGGUAUUAAUUUAUCUUCAAAUGAACAACUUAGAGGCUCACUUGGCAAAUUUAUUGAUAUACUUACAAGCGCAAUUAAAGAACAAACAACAGCAAAAAAUCUUUUACGUGCUCGGCAGCAAAUGAUUGAACUUGAAGAAGCAGUUGACAAUGAUAGCAUUGUUGGAAUGUUUAAACGAGCAGCAAUUAAUAUUGUUGAUAGUCAUGUCAGAUUUAUAUCUGGAAUCAAUAAUUUAGUAAUACAACGUGAUAAUCAACAAGAAGAUUUAUCUACUAAUGAAAUUUUGGCUUUAAUUCGUCGUCAAUACGAAGAAUUAGAACGUGAAAAAGAUAACUUAUUCCUUGAUCAUACAGCUCGUGAACAAACAUUUCGUUCUGAAUUGGAAAAGGUCACGGAAGAAAAAGAUGCUUUCUGGCAGCAACGAUUUGAUGAUGAAUGUGCUCGUCUUCGUCUAGAAAAUACUCAAUUAAGAAAUGAAUAUGAUGAACAAACACGUUCAUUUUCUGAUCGUCUAGAAACAGUAACUGCGCAAAACAGCGAAUACGUUCAGCGCUGGAAUAUUCUUCAAACAGAGUCAAGUCAAAAAAUGAAUGAAUUAACAACGCAAUUGCAGGAAUAUCAACGUGAAUUAAAUGAACAUAAAGAACAAGACAAACAAUUAACAGGCUCAAGUGAAAAACAAAAAGAAGAAUUCAUUCGAAUGGAGAAAGAGAAAAAUGCAACUAUCCAAGAUUUGAAUGGACAAAUGGAAGUUUACAAAGAUCAAGUUCGACAAUUUUCAAAAACCAUUAUACAAUUAGAAAAGAACUUAGCUGAAGAACAAGAAAGACGUAUCAAACUUCAAACAGAAUUAGAUAAUGUGGAUAAAAAUAGAAAAGUUAACCGGCAAACACCUCCAGUGUCCACUGAAACAAUAGUACCUAUCGUAUCUGUACCAGUUGCGGAUCUCAGUCAUGAAUUAUUUACACACAAAUCACGUAUUCAAGAGCAAGAACAAAUAAUUAUUUCAUUACGGCGUGAUUUAGCAGGCAUGACAGCUCGUUUGUCGGAUGUUCAAGGUGAACUAAGUGAAAAACAAAAAAGAGCCUUAGAAAAAAGUGAAUUUACAAUACGUGAUCAAACUAAAGAAUUGAAUGAUACAAGAGUAAAAUUAUCUAAGUUAAGUGAUAUUGUUGAUAAGCAAUCUACACAAAUUGAAUCAUUACAAUCGGAUCUAUCAAAAUCUAAGAUAUUAGCAAAUCAAUACCAAUUGCUAGUUGAUCAGCGUCAAGCUGAUAUCGAUCGUUUGACGAGAUCUCUUGAUGAAAAAAAUUUACUUGUCGAGCGAGUCGAGCAAACUAAUCAAAAUGAAGGUCGUAUAACUCACGAACUUGUUGCUAUUGGUGCACAAUGUAAAGGUGAACGGCAUGAUCAAACCAUUGGGCGACAACGCGAAGCAUUAAAUGAAUUACGAGCAAGAAUUAAAUCAUUAGAACAAUCACGACCGACUAAUCCAUCGUAUGAAAAGGUUUUACAACAAGUUGUUUUACUUAAACGUGAAUUAGCUGAAUUGCGUGCACGACAAUCUCUACCAGCUGAUAUACCUUAUUUAAUAACAACACCAGGAUCAAAUUCUUUUCAUCAACAAUCAACAACUUCUUUCCGUCAAUCACCAGCAGUACCAAAUACAUUGGAUGUAAUGCCUGAAGCACAAAAAAUUAUUGAAGAGCGAGCUGCUCAUGCCGAAACAAUGAAUGCAUUACAAUCCUGUGACGAAUUACAUAAUACCUUGACAAGAAAACUAGUUCAACUGCUUGAUAUUGAUGACGAUACUCUCUUAAACGUAUCACCUUUAGCUACAAUGUCACCAACGGAUCGUUAUGUUGCUAUACAACAGCGACGACACAUUAUUGAAACAUUAUUGCAAAAAGUUGAAAUGUUACGUGAACGUUUAACGCGAAAAGAAGAAUUAUUACUUGAUUACGAAAAGGAUUUAGGGAAAUUACGUCAAGCAGAGAUUUUAUUACGUGAAAAAGAUCUUCUCUUGCAAGAUCUUGAAACUAAUAAACGAUCUAAAGACGAUGAAUCAUUGUUUCUUCGAAAUACUUUAAAAGAAACCCAAGAUCAUUUAAAUCAAGAAAAAAGACUAAAUACAUCAAUUAAACAUAAUCGAAAUAUUGAUCAAUCACAAUCAAAUGAAUUUAUUCGACGAAGUGGUAAUUCAAUGUCAUCAACAACACUGCAUGAUCAUUAUUCAUCAGAGUCAACAACAAAAAUUCGAACAGCCAAACGAGAUAUGAAUCAAAAAUUAUCACGAAAAGAUUAUGAAAUUAAAACAUUAAAACAAGAAUUACAUGAAGCUCUCGAUACACUCUCUGAACAGUCAAAUAAAGUUAAAUUACUUGAAUUACAAUCAAAAGAUACGUCGAAUGGCACAAACUUCAUUGAAUCACAUCACUCAUGA